CAUUUAGCAAAAUUUACAAGUAAUCCUAACAUUUAGACACAAUGGAGGCUGUGCAGGAGGCUGCGCAGGCACUCCGCAUUCUAGUAAACAAAGGUGUCGAGAUGACCGGACUCACCGAUACACAGCUAGUGCAGCUUGCUGUAGCUGCCGUUGUGGCGUUGGGACUUGUUUACCUCUUGAAGGACAUUUUGAGCACUCUGCUUAUCCCUACAAUCAAGGUGGAGCCGACAGACGCUGAGGCCAAGGACACUAUCGUCGCUGCCAAGUAUACCCCUGGUCAGCCUGUGGACAAGGAUGUGGUGCCAUGCUAUGAUCCCAGCACUAUGCAGCUGCUGGGCCACGUGCCGGCCAUGUCAGCUGCCGAGGUUCGGACGCGCAUCGCCAAGGCCAAGGAGGCCGCCAAGAUCUGGCGCAACUCGAGCUUCUCGCAGCGCCGCAAGCUGCUGCGCAUCCUGCUCAAGUUCAUCAUGGAUAACACGGAGACCAUCUGCAGGGUGUCUGCUCGCGACUCCGGCAAGCCCAUGCUGGAGGCCAUUGUCGGGGAGGUGGUGGUGACGUGUGAGAAGAUCCACUGGCUGUGCAAGGAGGGAGAGCGCUACCUGCGCCCGGAGAGGCGCUCGGCGGGCAUCAUGAGCUUCUACAAGUCGGCUCGUGUCGAGUACCACCCCGUUGGCGUGGUGGGCGCCAUCGUGCCCUUCAACUACCCCUUCCACAACGUGCUCAACCCCCUCACCGCGGCGCUGUUCGCGGGUAACGGCCUGGUCAUCAAGGUUUCGGAGCACGCCUCCUGGUCCACCGGCUACUACGGCCGCAUGAUCUCCGCGGCGCUGGCCGCUGCGGGCGCCCCGGCCGACCUGGUGCAGUUCGUGACGGGGUACGGCGAGGCGGGCAACGCGCUGGUGACGGGCGGGGUGGACAAGGUCAUCUUCGUGGGCUCCACGCAGGUUGGCAAGCUGGUGAUGCGCGCCGCGGCGGACAACCUGACGCCGGUGGUGUUGGAGCUGGGCGGCAAGGACGCGUUCAUCGUCACGGAGGAUGCGGACCUCAACCAGGUGAUCCAGGUCAGCCUGAAGGCCGCAUACCUGAACUGCGGCCAGAACUGCGCGGGUGGGGAGCGCUUCCUGGUGCAUGACAAGAUAUACGACAAGUUCCUGGAAACGGUGGCCCCGCUCGUUCGCGGCAUGCGGCAGGGCAACCCGCUGGGCGAGGCGGAGGUGGACUGCGGCGCGCUGUGCAUGCCGGGUCUGUCUGAGAAGGUCCACGGUCUGGUGGAGGACGCGGUGGCUCGGGGCGCCCGGCUGCUGGCGGGGGGGCGGCUGCGGCCGGCGGCGGAGGCGGGCGGGCAGUUCUACCCGCCCACGCUGCUGGCUGACGUACGGCCGGGCAUGAAGAUCUGGGAGGAGGAGGUGUUUGGGCCGGUCAUGAGUGUGGUCCGUUGGAGCUCGGACGACGAGGUGGUGGCGCUGGCUAACGACUGCCCCUUUGGGCUGGGCUCCUCCGUGUUCGCGGGCAGCCAGGCGCGCGCGCGGGCCAUUGCGUCACGGCUUGAGGCGGGCAUGUCCGCGAUCAACGACUUUGGCACCACCUAUAUGUGCCAGUCGCUGCCGUUUGGAGGCGUCAAGCACAGCGGCUUUGACCGCUUCGCCGGUGUGGAGGGCCUGCGCGGCCUCUGCGUGCCCAAGUCCGUGUGCGAGGACCGGCUGCCGCUGCUCAUGAAGUCGUCCAUCCCGCCGCCGUGGCAGGUGCCCGUCAAGUCCAACGCAUUCGCAUUCGGCACCUCCCUGGUCGCCAUGUUCUACGGCCCCGGCCUCAUCUACCAGGCGCGCGGGCUGGCGGCGCUGCUGCACUGCCUGGUCUUCCCGGGGGCGUACGGCAAGAAGGCCGGCAAGAACAAGGCGGCGUAGCUGGGAAGGGAGGGAUGUGCAGGGGGGUUAGGUGGCGAGGAGAAGGUUGGCAGCGGCUGGCUUGUCCUAGGGCUCUAGGCUGCGGCUGAGCGAGCUGGCUUGAUGGGAGAUGCAUUCGUGAGACAGAGCUUAUUGUGUGGAGGAGCGCUGGCAGCCUGUGUGCUGUUAUCCAUGUUUUGGACGUGUGUUUGAAGGCGCAGCGCAGCAAAGCAGGAGGUGAACGGGGAAUGAGAGGGGUACCGCCGUGCGCGUAGAGCGCAGUUUUAUGCGGGAUACGCUACCAUAAUAAUGGUUGGGGGCGGUUGCUUUCGUGCUGGUAUGUAUGCUGAUGGCGUGAUGGAAGCUUCUGCUCAAGUUCUAUGACGGAGAGGGGUACCAGAUUGCUCUGUCUGUGUCUGCGUAACGCGUUUGUAUGACGGGGGCCACAGUCGUCCUUGCCUAUAUUCUGUGUAUAUGUUGUUCGUGGGGGCCAACGCACGCACUGCCCACCUCUUCCUCCGUGUGUUCAGUACCUUUUGAAGUCGCUGCUUGCGCGCAAAUGGUAGCGCUUAUAGGCCUAGAAUGCUAUGUUCCGUCUUCCUUGCGUUGGUUUGCGGAGAGUUAAUGAGCCCAUGUGGCGUGCUUGCAAGGUCUGUCUACAUUGAAGAUAAGGUUUGAAGAAAGUAUUGGCAAAUGGGUGUUGCUAGUGGACCGCUUAACGUCAGAACCGCCUAAAGUAUUGAACUUAGAUAUCUCAUAUGUAACAGUGGAGGAACG